CUUGCGUCUCUACAGAGCCGGGUCAAACAACGCGGUAUGCAUUUUCCGACGGACAAACCCUGACGACAUGAGUUUUCCAGCCCUUUCAAACGGUCUAUUAUGCGACACUUGCGGUGCAACGUUCCGGCGCGCCGAGCAUCUUUCCCGCCACAGACUACGCCACUUGGGCCAGAAGCCGUUUGCCUGCCCCCAUUGCAAUUCGAGCUUCCCGCGCAGAGAUACACUGCAAAGGCACGUGGCGAUCCACGAGCUUGACUCCCCCAUGCAUGCAACCUUGCCAGGGAAGAUGCGGUCGGCAAGGAGAAUAAAGCAUGCCUGUCGGAGUUGCUCAGCCUCAAAACAACGAUGUGAUGGCAAGAGACCUUGUGCGCGCUGCCACUCAAAAGAUGUCCAAUGCGUCUACUCGAACCCAGGUCCCGCACAACAAACGGACGCCCUCGACCAAAGCAAUUAUACGGGGCAGAAGGAGCAGAAUGACGACGGGAUUUUGGUCUCUGCAGCACAGUCUUCGGUCACAUCGCAGGUCUCUGCCCAACAAACUUCCCCUGCCGACAUCUCGUCACUAAUUUCUCCACCUUCACUCGAGCCAUCCUCCCAUUCCCUUUGGGAUAUGAGAAUCUCAGAACCAGCAGGAUUGUCUUCUUCGAUUGCUCCGUCGCAUAUGCAGCGUCAUUCUCCUUCCUUCGGCCCGGGAGACUUUGAACUCCUAGACGGCACGCAGCUAAACAAUGAUGGGCAGCAACAGUCAGCACUUGAACUCCUAUUCUCGGAACUAGUUCCCCUGUGUACCAAUACAGGAGGCGCGACCCGUUGGAACGCUCCGCAGCAUCUCAUUUCAUCCUCUCAAGGGCCCUGUGUGGAUUGGCAAUUGCCGGGGCUAGACUCCCCCCAUUUGUGGCUUACCAAGGAGACCGAGCUGACAUCUUCCGAGACACUUUCUGAUCCGGAGCUUUCUGAUGCAGAAGCCCCUUCCCCGAGCUUCCUUGGUUCAAGACAUAGUCCAGAGCCCCAAGAAGGCCAAAUAAUGAAGUUUGACGACUGCUUGCGGACUACAGCAGGGCGCCGACGCAACUCUCCUCGUGUUGGACAUGACAGAACCGCUACUCUACGUGGCCCGAUGUUUUGCGCGGCCAGCGAGUCCCAACAUGGCGACGGUUCUCCUCUUCCGGGUUUCUUCCCUCCUUUGCUCAGCGUGAGAGAGAGCGGCGAGGACAUUUGGAAACCAGAAGAUUUCGGGCACGUAAAAUCAUUACCUCAAGUGGCGUACAAUCGGCUUCUCGGCAACUUUGAGAGGCUGAAUGCGGAUAACGGCUAUCAUGUCCCAUUCGCAAACGGCGAGUUUCCGUCACUCACGGCACUCAACGCCUUUAUCCAGCUCUAUUUCGAAGCAUUUCAUCCAAUCUUUCCCUUGCUCCAUCAACCAACUUAUGACCCAGGCAAGGAACAUUGGGUGCUGCUUCUUGCCGUCACGGCGACAGGGUGUCGCUUUUCGCAGGUCCCCGGCGCCGCGGAUAGCGGAAAUCUACUUCAGGAAUUCCUACGUCGUGCUAUUCUGUUCACGGUCGAGCGGGAGUAUGGAUCGACAUGCCAACCAUGGCUGGCCCAAGCAGUCUUGCUGAGUGACAUUGGGAUGCAACACUCGGGCGACAUGCGACUUUCGGAAUACGCACAAUCCAACAGGAGUUUGGUAGUGACACUUUGCCGGAAAGUGAACUGCUUCACUGAAUCUCCAGACCAGCCGGGUCAGACAAGCGCGGAGCAGUCCCCGCAAGAUGCCUGGAGGUCCUUCGUGAGAAGGGAGAGCAUGCGACGCCUCGCAUACUCGGCGUGGCUCCUUGACAGUCAAUAUGCUCUAUUUCUUGACUUGCCGCCACAGGUUGUCACUGACCUGCUGCGGGUUCGGCUGCCUAGCCAGGAAAGCUUAUGGGACGCGCCUACAGCGGCAUCCUGGAAGGAGCAGAUGGACAAAAAUGGCAACCACCGCCCCAUGAAUAUACAGCGGGAGCUUUCGCAUCUUUACAAAAACAAAACCCUUCGACAAGGUAUAGGGGAGUUUUCGGCUUUGCUGUUGACCAUGGGCGUAUUCAUGGACGCUCUGCAGUCUCGAAGGAUAACUGUCAUGCACGCCUCCGCAGACAGCACGGCGGACGGGGGAGGUAGUUCCAAGCGCCGCAGGUCAAUAUCUCCAGCUCUUCCUGGUGCUCAGCAGGCCAUGGAAUGCUUGGAGGUCUUGUGUCCGGACGAGCGCGAUAUCCCGAAAGGACCGUGCCUGAAGGCCCUCCUACUACAUCAUUACCACGCCAUAUGCAUCCUUCUGAGCGUACCGCUGCGGGAGCUUUUCUGUUACACUGGUUGGCGGGUCACCAGCUUCGACAUCUUAAAAUCCCAAAACCGUCUCGGGCUAUGGGUCAGGCAAUGCGGCGAAGAGGCUCGCCUAGCCGCGUUCCACGCUGGGAGACUGUUCAGCCAUAUCCGCAGCUCUGAAAUGAACGGUUACUACGAGUCUACUGCAAUGACAAUAGCCUGCAUAACGCUCUGGAUAUACGGUGAGCUCAGCCCACUCGACCAAGGUUCCACCCCGAAUCUUGCCGCCGCUCAAGCGGGAGACUGCGGCAUGAACUCGACUAUGCGACUUGACAAAGCACUUAACAAAAGCGACGUCCAAUUGUGGAUGCGGGGCGGUUCCCGAUUGCGUCCAUAUUUGGCUGGGGUCGGCAAUAUUCUAGGCCGAGACGGAGUUGCACGGCUUGUUCACGAAGGGGCGCGGAUUUUGUGCUCCCCCUCCCCGUGGCAGAUCAGCGGGCUUUUGGGCGAGUCGUUGAAACUCUAUCACGAGCUGAGGCGGUACGAAGCUCGGGACACUCCAGAACCUGUUUGACUGUACAAUGGAGCAGCGCAGCGGGUAUGCAGCUUUUCUCAUUCUCCAUUUCCUUACUGAGUCUAUUGCCUCAGUCGUCACCCGGUGUCAUG